AUGCCCCAGAGCCACCAGCGACCCUCACCAGAUCAGACACCCUCCGAUACCACCAUGACCACCAACCGCCCAUUCUUCGGCGGCUUCCUCGCUGCCUUCCGCGCGCAACAGCCUAGCCUCCAGAAGACCACGGCCUCCCAAGCAGCGUCUGUGGCCUCGUACUCCCAAAACACCACCUCACAACAAAACAACACCGUCGACACAACAGCCGCGUCGUCACGGACCAUCACCACAAAGACGCGCUCCCCAUCGCCUGGUGCGACAACCGUGUCCGUCCAAGCGACAGGCCACUUCCAACCCACCCGACAGCACACCGCCCCCUACAACCGCUCCACAUCACCCAAAACCCAAGCCUUCCCAAUACCAGGCGCGUCGCGUCGAGGCAGGCGGGGCUCCGACAGCUCCUCCGAAGGCUUCCACGAAGCCAUGGGCGCCGAGAAGUGGUACAUCGGCGGGCGAACAGCGACCGGCGAGGAGAAGUUCUACAAGCUGGGCAUGGUCAAGCGACACAGAAGCGCCGACCGCCUGAGUCUAGACAAGCUCAGCAUAUGA